GCUCGCGGAUUUUCUGGGAUUCCAGGAUCGAAUGGUAUACCAGGAAUGCCGGGAAUUCCAGGCGCCCCAGGGCCACAAGGACAACAAGGAAAAGAUGGAGCCAAGGGGGAGCCUGGUGUCAAGGGACCGAGAGGUAUGACGGGAACAAGAGGACUUAAAGGAAAUCCAGGGUCACUGGGUAAAAAUGGUGCACCUGGAAUGAUGGGAAUAAAAGGAGAUAAAGGUCAUGAAGGGUCACGUGGCAGCAGUGGACCGCCAGGAAUCAAGGGUGUGAAAGGAGAGCAGGGAUCUAAAGGAGAGAAAGGAGAAAUCGUGAAUAGUGCAGUGUCACAGACCAACUGGAAACAGUGUGUGUGGAAAAAUGAUGAUGAUAGAGAUAGUGGAAAGAUUAAGGAUUGCUCAUUCAACAAGCUGCAGUCUGAUACAGCUAUUAAAGUCUCAUUCCAGGGAAAUGCAAAAGUCUAUGGCACUUCUAAAUGCAACCGGUGGUUCUUCAAGUUUAAUGGAAAUGAAUGCAGUGGACCAAUGACAAUUGAGGCUGCUGUGUACAACGGCUGGCCAUCUGGGAAUCCUCAGCUGCUUCAUCACAGAUCAUUUGAGGGAUACUGUGAAAAUAUUCCACAGGGCAGGGUUACUGUGGAGUUAUGGGUAGGACAUUGUCACGGUAGUUAUACAUUGGGUAAUGCUUACACUGGAUGGCAAUCAGUAUCCCGGAUAAUGAUAGAGGAAGUGUCUAGAGCCCAACAUCUUUCUGACUCAUUUCUGACACAAACUUCAUCUGUAGGACAUACAAUCAUAGAACACGCACUAUUCGCGCAAAGUAACCAUCGAAGUAUGGCAAAGCUCCUGAUCCUUGCUGCUUUGUCAUUUGUCUCAUUCAAAACAGGAGCAAGUUCCACGGGAACAACCACCAGUCCUCAACAACAGAAUCCACAAACUGGCGCUGACAAAGACCCAUGUGAGAAAUCCAUUUUUGCUCGCGGAUUUUCUGGGAUUCCAGGAUCGAAUGGCAUACCAGGAAUGCCGGGAAUUCCUGGCGCCCCAGGGCCACAAGGACAACAAGGAAAAGAUGGAGCCAAGGGGGAGCCUGGUGUCAAGGGACCGAGAGGUAUGACGGGAACAAGAGGACUAAAAGGAAAUCCAGGGUCACUGGGUAAGAAUGGUGCACCUGGAAUGAUGGGAAGAACAGGAGAUAAGGGUCAUGAAGGGUCACGUGGCAGCAGUGGACCGCCAGGAAUCAAGGGUGUGAAAGGAGAGCAGGGAUCUAAAGGAGAGAAAGGAGAAAUCGUGAAUAGUGCAGUGUCACAGACCAACUGGAAACAGUGUGUAUGGAAAAAUGAUGAUUAUAGAGAUAGUGGAAAGAUUAAGGAAUGCUCAUUCAACAAGCUGCAGUCUGAUACAGCUAUUAAAGUCUCAUUCCAGGGAAAUACACAAGUCUAUGGCACUCCUAAAUGCAACAGGUGGUUCUUCAAGUUUAAUGGAAAUGAAUGCAGUGGACCAAUGACAAUUGAGGCUGCUGUGUACAACAGCUGGCCAUCUGGGAAUCCUAAUCUGCUUCAUCACAGAUCAUUUGAGGGAUACUGUGAAAAUAUUCCACAGGGCUGGGUUACCGUGGAGUUAUGGGUAGGAAAGUGUUCCAGUGGUCAUACACUGGGUGAUGCUCGCACUGGAUGGCAAUCAGUAUCCCGGAUAAUAAUAGAGGAAGUGUCAAGAGCCCAGUCCUAAUCAGCCCUGACAUCUUCACUUGAGGACUGGAGUAGAAUAUUCUUUUUUCCAUUCAUCCUUUAUUCUAGAUUUCAUGAUUUUCUCACAUUUUCCUUACAGCCCAAAAAUUGAAGUUACUGU